AUGCGCUUGUCACUCUGGUCUGCUGCGAUUUUCGCUGGCUCUUGUCUGGCACAAGGUGAUCUCGCUGGGCUUCUCGCUUCGCAAGACGAUCUCAGCACGUUGCUUGAGCUAGUCGGUCUUGUUGAUGGCCUUGCAGAAACGCUCGCAUCGGCUUCCAACAUAACCAUCAUAGCCCCGACCAAUUCCGCUUUUGCCAACGUUCCACGGGAUAUUCCAGAGGGCGAGGCUAUUGAGCUUCGCAACGACACUAUCGCUAUUGCAGCCUUGCUUGCGAACCAUGUUUUCAAAGGAGUUUACCCAUCCAGCGUGAUCACCGAAGUCCCCACCUUUGCUCAGACAUUGCUCAACGGCUCCUACAUCACCGCUCGCCAACCUUUCUCCAACUUCACCGGAGGCGCCUACAACGGACUCGUCAAGAACGGAAAGGACGUGUGCAUCCUGUCUGGGGAGCAAACCAUCUCCACGGUCACUCAAGCUGACAUCAAACUUGGUGAAGGUAUCACAAUUCACAAGGUCGAUACCGUGCUAUCAUUCGGAGCCCCAUUCCAGCUCUUCACGUUCCGAGCAGGCUACCGCGCCAUGAACGCUGCUCUUGAGGCAGCUCACCUCAACUUUGCUUUCGGCGAGACUGGAGCCAAUGUUCAAGGCCUCAACAUUUCCGACUACACAAUCUUCGUCCCAACUGAUGAAGCUUUCAAGUCAAUCGGCUCUGUACUUGAAACAGCGGGCCUAGAGACACUUCAGCAGGUGCUUCAGUACCACAUCAUCCCAAACAACGUGAUCUUUUCGCCGUCUCUUGGAAACGUAACAGUCCCGUCUCUUCAAGGUGCAAACCUCACUUUCACCGUGUUGCCGGACGGAUCUGCCUGGGUGAACAACGCCAGAAUCACGUUCCCCAACACCAUUUUGUACAAUGGCGUGGCUCAUGUGAUUGACAGUGUCUUGAGCCCUGGAAACUUUGAUCGCGCGUCUCUGCAGCCGUUUAAGCCGGCUUCUGAGCGAGUCGCGUUCCCAAAUGCCUCCGCAGUCUCGAGCCUGCCUUUCUCUAGUGUUUCUUUUGCGACGGACCUCAUGGCUUACACAACGACUCCAAUUUUGCUCCAGACUGUUGCUGCUGUCGCCACCCCUUCAGCUAAUGCGACCGCUACGGCGAGCCAGCCUGUUCCGGUUGCAACUGGGGCUGCCAGCGGAUUGAUGCCUGGUGCAAUUUUGGUCGUUUCUGUUGCUAUGGGCCUUGCUGCACUACUCAGCUAA